GCAUGCACGCAAUUAGAAUUGACGCAUCUUAAUUAGAUAAGUCCACAAACUGAAAGGUACGCAAUUUGGUAUAAUUGUCGACAUUGGAAUAGAACUAGCUUCUUUUCCUUAAUCAGAUUAAAACUUGUUCAUACAAGUGAGACUGGGAUUGCAUUGAAAUGAUAUUUCUACAAAUAUACUAGUGUCAGGAUCAUGCCUGAUUUGCCUCGAACGUUUACGAGCGGUGCCGUGAUAUUUCUCGCCACUUGCUUUCUGUUGGAUAUUUAUUCCAGGAUUUAUUACUUUCCAUGGCAACCUGGGAAGCAUAUCACGUUCAAUCAUACAACCACAACACAACCUGAAACAUGCGCAGUACAGGAACACAUGUUAACAAUUUGGGAAAGAAAUUCGCUUUUGCGACAAAAAUGCAGUCUUGCAAAAUACCGUCAUGUCUCUACCAACGUAACCUUUUACCACUGGAAGAAUCUAAAUUAUUGCAAGGUUCCUAAAUGUGGCAGUACUUUCUGGAUGCAAGUUUUUCUAACCUUAGAAAAGAUAAAAAGCGUUGAAGACGUCUUUGGCAGCGGGCGUAACAAAUAUCACACAAUAGCCAUGAACAAAACAUCUACUUGGGAUCACGUAUCUAGUAAUGACGUCAUUUUCCACGUAACAAGAAAUCCUUAUUCACGUUUAUAUUCCGUAUAUAUUGAUAAAAUAUAUCUACCGGGAUUCUGGAAAUUCACCAAAAAAAUAAAUGAAAGAAAAGGAAGAGAGUGUUCUACCUCUGUCAGGUUUGGAGAAUUUUUGGAUUACAUCAUGAAAGAGGAAGUCUACGAUCCACACUGGCAUCCUGUCUCUGAGUUAUGUGGCUCUUGUAGAGUACCUUACAACGUUAUCAGCAAACAAGAAACUUUCAACAACGACGUACGCUUUAUACUCAACCAGCUGUCCAUAGAGGGACCCUUAAAACAGGAAUUAUUGAAAAAUCUACAGAAAAAACAUACUGAAAAUUCCAUCAAAGAAAUCACCCCACUCAUGAUCGGGCGGGCACGACAGGAUCCAUGUUUGACAUUCAUGCAGUUCUGUCAGAGGUUGUGGAAGUCUUUCCAAAUUCAGGGAUAUAUAUCUGAUUUGAUAUCCUUCCCAGCUAACAGUUUCAGAAAUCUGAAUUAUUCGAACUUUUCAGCUAUUUUAAAUAAUUACUUAAAAGGUUCUCAGAAAAUCGUUAUGACUGAAGUUAUGAAGAAGCUUCAGCGCAAGAAGCAUCUGUCAAGGGCGUAUGAGGGUAUCAAUCGCAAAACAAUAAAGACCUUAAAAAGAAAGUACAGAACUGAUUUUGAAUUGUAUGGAUACUCCUACGAACUACCGAGAGUUCAAUAAAAAAUCGGAAAGCAGGAAGCAUGGAUUAAAGGAGGGAUAAACAUAAACUAUGCUAUAGAAAAACCACCCAAACUGGCAUAUAAGUUUCUUUAAUAUGUUACUUUGUAUUUGAAAUUAAAUAUUAAUUUGAUUUUAUUAUUAUUAUUAAUUUAAUAU